AUGUCCAGCCAACCUCUUACCUGGGUCGUCACCGGCUGCUCCUCUGGCAUCGGCGAAGCCCUAGUCCGCGCCAUCCUCGCCCAGGGUGACAAAGUCAUCGCAACAGCUCGCGCCCGCAACAAUGUCAGCGGAGCCGACCGUCUCUCAGCUCUGAAAGAAGCCGGAGCCGCAGUGUUCGAGCUCGACGUGAGCCGGCCCCAGGAAGAAUUAGACGCCAAGGCACGCGAAAUCUGGGAGAUCUACGGAAAAGUCGACGUACUAGUCAACAACGCGGGCUACAUCGACGCAGGGCUUGUCGAAGAAAUUACCGAACCCUUUUUGAUUGAUGCCCUCCGCGCCAACGCCUUCGGUCCUCUCAACGUAUCCCGCGCCUUCCUGCCCCUCAUGCGCGCCCAGAAAUCUGGAACCGUGCUGUUCGCCAGCAGCCUUGGAGUCUACUUCGGUGCGCCCGGCGCAUCCUGCUACACCGGAGGCAAGGGUCUCCUGGAGGCGGUGGUGCCCAAUCUGGCCCUGGAGCUGGCGGCAUUCGGAAUCCGCACUUCGCUACUCACCUACGGCUACUACCGUACGGAGGUUAUGAACCCUGGAAACUUCCACAGCCGGGCGCCUCGCCCACUGCCGGAGUAUGAGGAGCUCCGGGGUCUGGUGGAAGCUGGGUGUGCGGCUACGAACCACAACCAGCAGGGUGAUCCGGCGAAGGCGGCGAAGGUGGUGGUGGAGGCAGUCAAGGGAACGGGCAAGUUUGAGGGAAAGCAAUUGCCUUUGAGAUUGCCGAUUGGAAAGGAUGCUGUUGCUGCGAUGCGGAAGGCUUGUGAGGAGAGGUUGGCUAUUUGUGAUGAGUUUGAGGGGCUGGUGGAUCAGACGGAUAUCUAG